AUGAGCAAGCGGAACAUCAGUCUCCUGUCGAGCUUUAAAAAGGGGUUUCGCUUCCAAAAAUCAUCGUCCCAAACGACUGAUCAUGAGUCGGAGACUGAAGCGCCUCGCUCAGCCUCGACACCAGGACCCAAACUGAAGGUAGAAGACCUCGGAUUUCUUGAGAUUGCAGCUGGGACUGACCCCGAUGUUGAUAUUAUCGCUAUCCAUGGCCUGGAUGGUCACAGAGAGGGGACUUGGAUAGCCGCGAAUGGCAUACUGUGGCUUCGUGACCUUUUACCAGCCGAUAUUCCAAAUGUUAGGAUACUCAGCUAUGGAUAUGACGCGGACACUCGCAGCUGGGAGUACGUUUCAACACAGACGAUAGAUCAGCAUGCAGAUAAAUCCAUGAAAGAACUCUCAAGAGAACGGAAGAGCGCAACCCGACGACCAAUUAUAUUCAUAGCACAUAGUCUGGGUGGUAUCAUCCUCAAACAGGCGCUUGUUAUCUGCCAUAACCAGAGUCUACAGUCGAAAGGCCAUCUUCGCGAUAUCCUAGUCUCCACUCAUGGUGUUCUCUUUUUCGGAACACCUCAUUCAGGUACAAAAGGCGCAGAGUUCUUGCAAAUGUUCAAUCGUCUUUUCUCAGUCUACAUGAAGGCGACGAACAAUCUUCUUCAGCAUCUUCAAGAAAACUCCUCUAAGCUAGAGGAUAUACAACGCCUAUAUUUGUCGGCUAGCGAGAAACUCAAUACAGUCCGCUUUUAUGAGGAGCAUCCGACUCCUCUCAUAGGCGAUCGACGAGAGAUAAUUGUACCACAUUACUCUGCUACUCUGAUUGGCGAUCGUCAAGCAGAUCAGGAAGUCCUCCAUGCUGAUCACUGUCAAAUGGUCAAGUUUUCCGGCAGAACUCAGAGUAACUACAAAGCGGUUCUCUCCUACAUCAAGGACUGGGUGGAAGAAGCGGCUGUUGUAGUCGAGGAGAAAUGGACCGUAGAGGAAGCUUGUCGAGAUGUUUGGAGAGAACCCUCGAUACCCUCGAUACCCUCGAUUACUCUACCCAAGCCGCUCCCCCCUGUCUCGAGAAAUUAUACUGCGCGGAAGGACAUCCAGUCGAAAAUGACUUUAAAAUUACUUCCAAGCAUCGGAGGUCACCAUCAACCACGUUGCAUCUUACAUGGGAUGGGAGGCACUGGCAAAACACAGCUCGCGACGCAUUGGAUUAGGGAGCACGAGAAAAACUUCAACAGGGUAAUCUUCGUCGACGCCACUAGCAAGCGGCAGCUUGAAGCAGACUUACGAAGAGCAAUACGUGUAGUUGGUCCCGAAUACGCCAAUAUAAAAUGGGAAGACGCAAUUGCUUACCUGGAUGGCAAGGAAAAGGGUUGGCUGCUUUUCUUCGACAAUGCCGACUCACCAGAACUCAAUCUCGAUCCAUACCUUCCUUCCUCUAUUCACGGAUCAAUAUUGAUCACUACAAGAAACCAAGGCUGUAAAGCGUAUGCUCUAGAUGGCGCAAUUUACGUCAGCAGCCUUUCAGAAAGCGAGGCUGUAGACCUCCUUCAUAGUAUUGCCAAUGUCACGCCUGCAUCCAACGAUGUGUCUAUGGAAAUUGUAAAGGAGCUAGGCAUGCUGGCGUUGGCAGUCACUCAAGCAGGAGCGUACAUUUUCAAAACUCGGCGUCUCAACAGCUACCUGAAUACUCUUCAGAGCCACCGAGACAGACUUCUGCGUGAAGAUCCGCUCAAGGGCACCAAAUAUCCUUACUCAACCUAUGCAGCAUUCGAUUUAUCCUUCCAUCAGUUACCAAGCAAGGCGCAGGAACUCCUGAGGAUAUGCGCAUAUCUUCAUCCUUCAGGAAUCCCGAUGGCUUUGUUCGAGUAUUCGACUACUUCAGACUUUACAGCGCACACAGUCCUAGAAAGCUGGCCUCCACCAAAAAGCGACGAGGUGGUCAUUUCUGACCUCAAGAGGAUUAUUGGGCAAACGUGGGAUGAGGUAUCGUUCCAGGAACUAGUAGAGGCUGGUCAGCGAGCGUCUUUCAUCUACGCAUAUACAGACGAAGCGGGCGGCCUAUUUUACUCUGUUCAUCCGCUCCUUCAGCGAUACAUCAGGGAUUCCCUAGGAGUAGAGAUUGAGAGCCAGUAUGCAAGCAUGGCCUCUCAGUUACUGCUUGGAGCCACACGGCCUAUAGAAGCUAGCAAUAUUUGGUACCGUCAAUUGUUGCCGCACAUCGAUGCUCUUCCUCAGUGGUCAAAGUUGCCAAUAUCACGCACGCACUUGUAUUUUAUCAAGUCUACGAGUCCUCGGGCGACUGGAAAGCGUGUAAAGGGUUACUAG